AUGAGCUACGUACGUCGAGAUUCCAGCGGGUCUUUCACGACGUCUGGUGUUAUGCACCAUCAGAGUAAGCUAGAUGUGUUCAUCAUAAAAGCUCAUCGGUUGGUGUCGAACAACGCAGUGAUCAAUGGUGAGGACGUCAGCGUGCUCAACACUGCGUCGAGCUCGCCAAGAUCAGGCGGGCCGGUCAAUGGAUCGUCGCCACACAACGAUUUGACGCUUUUCCAACGUCUCUCUCAGCUAUACAACGCAACAAUCUCUACCAGCCUCCUGGACGACACCUCUACAUCGCCCAAAUCUGCCAUUGAGCUGUACCAGCGGUUCCAGCAAAUCAUGAAGGAGCUGGAGCUCAGCUACGACGUAAGCCCUUACGGUAAGUACUUCCGAAAACUCGACAACGGCAUGUGGCAGAUCAAAGACGACUCCGAGCUCGUCAGCGACCAACUGUGGCAGCUGGUAUCGGUGUCGAUCAGUACCGUGUACGACUCCAAGACCGGCCAGAUGCUGAACCAAAAUAGACGCCGCGUCAACAGCAUGGCCACGUCGACCAAAAACUCCCCAUCUGAAGUAAUCGACAACACGCUGCCGCAGCAAUUACAAAAAAGACUCCAGAAACUGCAACAAGACAGCAGGCAAAACUUUUACUCGACGUCCCCGGCGAGCCCCUCCGUGGUAUCGAAUGGCAAUGGAAUUCGCUCAAUACACAGCAAUGCAUCCAGCGGCAGAGAAGCCUCCAUGAACUCUGCUACCGCUAUGAAUUCCGGCUCCGCCAUAAACACCAACGGCAUAAGUGGCGCCGCGGGCGUCAAUAACAACAUGAACAACAAUAUGAAUACCAAUAUGAACGCCAACAUCAAUUCCGGCGUGAAUCCCAGCAUGAAUUCAAAUGUGAACUCUAGCAUGGAUCCUAGCAUGAACUCCAACAUCAACUCAAGCAUGAAUCCCAACAUGAAUUCCAAUUUCAAUGCCAACAUGAAUCCCAAUUUCAACACCAACAUGAACCCUAAUAUGAACUCCGCCAUGGGUUCCAACAUGAACACUAACAUGAAUCCCAACAUGAACUCCAACAUGACUCCCAACAUGAACUCCAACAUGACUCCCAACAUGAAUACCGACAUGAACGCCGAUAUGAAUGCCGAUAUUGGCACCAACCUCAAUCCUAAUCUGAACAACAUGAAUUUGGCUCUGAACAUGGGUCUGGACGCUCUCUCCGGGAACCCACAGGGAAAACGCAAAUAUGUUGGCGUAGGUACGCCAGACCAAGAUGCUGUGGAUGAGCUGCUACAGCUGGCCACCAAAAAGGCCAAGACAGACCUACCCACCAUCGAAGAAGAUAUACCGCAACCGACAGUGUCGAUGCGCACCAGCAACAACGCCGCUGCUUCGGGAGUCUACGAACGUCUGAUACAGGAAAAAGAUCUUAGAAUCAAGCAGCUAGAGUCAGAUCUCGAAGCUCAGAGACAAGAAACGCAUUGGCUGCGAAAAAUGUUGCUCGAAGAUUUGGCAUGCGUACGCAGCAUGCUACAUAAGGAAAGUCGGAAUCGGCCUUGA